AUGCAAGAUCGAGAAAUUAUUCUCGACUCAUCAUCAGAAGAAUCAAUUGUAGGAGAGCAGGCUAACAAGCUUUUUGAGAUAUGUGACAAAGAUGAAAAAGGGUAUAUUACUAGGAAUGAUCUAAAUGGCCUUAGCGAAUUCGUCUCGUUAUACGAUAUCCAAGAGAUUCAGAGAAAAGUCGACGAAACGAAAGAGAAGCAAAUCACCAGAGAACAAUUCGCACAGAUAAUCAGGGAUCUUGUCAGCUGUCAGAACAACAACUAUGAAUCUGCUAGUGAGGUAAGUAGAACUAAAUUUCUUGAGAUUCAGGCGCUGCAUACUAUCGUGUACCUUUUUUGA